GGCGCUGCCGGGGGCGGCUCGGAAGUUCUGUCUCUGGCGGGAUGCCCAAGUCGGCGGCGGAUGGAGUGUCCGGCCUGAUGCGUGGGGACGUUGGGCCGGACGGCUCAUGGGAUCUUCGAGGCCGCGACUACCUGCUAAGUAGACUAGGCAGGUCCACGAGAUCCAGUCUCACAUGGGACGCCUGGAGACAGCGGACAAGCAGUCUCUGCACUCAAUUACUCUUUUUUCUCUUUUGUGCAGUAGUAGAAAACGAAAUCCAAGCAAGCAUUGACCAGAUAUUCAGCCAUCUAGAACGUCUGGAGAUUCUGUCCAGCAAGGAGCCCCCGAACAAAAGACAGAAUGCCAAACUUCGUGUUGACCAGUUAAAGUAUGAUGUCCAGCACCUGCAGACUGCUCUCAGAAACUUCCAGCAUCGGCGAUACGCAAGGGAGCAGCAGGAGAGACAGCGAGAGGAACUUCUGUCUCGAACCUUCACCACUAACGACUGUGACACGACCAUCCCAAUGGAUAGCUCGCUGCAUUUCAACUCCUCCCUCCAGAAAAUUCACCAUGGCAUGGACGACCUCAUCGGAGGCGGGCACAGUAUUCUGGACGGACUGAGGGCCCAGAGACUGACCUUGAAGGGGACUCAGAAAAAGAUUCUUGACAUUGCCAACAUGCUGGGCUUGUCCAACACCGUGAUGCGGCUCACUGAGAAGCGGGCUUUCCAGGACAAGUACUUCAUGAUCGGUGGCAUGCUUCUCACCUGUGUGGUCAUGUUCCUCGUGGUGCAGUACCUGACAUGAGCUAGCCCCGCCCCGCGGCUGAGCGUCGUUCCCACUGUGCGAGAGUCUGUGUGAGUGUGUGUGCGUGAAAGAGAGAGGGGGGCCCAGAGGCUGCCUUCUUAAAUGUAUGCCCUUCUUAACUGUGAAGACCACUGGGAGUCAUCGUAAUCUGUAACGUAGCAGGAGUUUCAGACCUGCUCUGUUUCCUGUAACACCUUGGAGGGGAAGCGAAUGCUACCAAGAUGCAUGGUCCUAAGGAAAUGAGAGUAUCUCCUCUCUCUCUCGCUCUCGCUCUCGCUCUCUCUCGCCCUCACUAGGGGUGGAAGUGAUGUAAGGGUAAGGGGUGAAGAAAGAAGAGGGAGGGAAAGAAUGGUUUUGCUGUUCUUGUCCACGUAGCUGAUGCUCGCCCAGGGAAGGCUUUCAAUAGCAAGCCUUGCACAUAGGACCGUUCACUUUGGCAUCAUUUGGCCUCUCUGGCCCCUCGCGGAUAACCCAGCGCAGAAGCCAAAAGGAGGGGAAAGAGGCCUGCUUUCCUGCGUCAUUACAACAGAUGGAUUUCCAUGCUCUUGUGCCCCCUCCCCCCAGUGACAUGCAGAUGACUAAUUGCUGGUACUUGUCACCCUUCCCUGGAAGCCACUACCUAGAGGAAGCAGAGGCACCGAUGCCACUGCAGACAGCGAGUAAGAUUUUCCACAUUAGGACCGUUGGGUGUUUCUCCUUCUAAAGCGAGGCCAGUGUUACUCCCUGAGACUGUUCAGUCUUGAGGCUGAAGACCCCCAUCACUGAUUUUUUUCCCAGUGGUGAACAGAAUGAUUGGCUUCUGUGGUUCUAGGACUGGCCUGGCAUCCUGCCCGGGCUCUGGUGGGCCUUUGGCCCGGAGAACGUUGCCAUGAUGUGUCCAUUACAGCAUCUCCUCUAGUUUUGGUGUCUGAGUCUUUGCUCUCUUUCCUCCCCUGAAAUCCAUUAGCAGUUGCCAGCCAAGCCCCCAUUCCACCAAGCCGGUGUGGGCUGACACCACCCUGGAGACGUCCUGGGUGUCCUGAGAGUCUCUGAUCUCAGGGACCAGGGACUUUUCCCUUCUCUGACCAACCCCAGAUUAAGGCUGUACCAGUACCUAGUGCGUUGUGGAAUUUAUCGUAAAGCCAGCCUCUCUGUUGCGAUCGAGGGCUGCGAAUCCUAGAAAGACUUGGUUAGCAUGUGUUUGCAUCUGUCACAGGCCCUACAGCCGUAGGCUCAGUGGCCUUAUGGCAAGACAAAACAAUCUCAGAAUUUCCCAGAAGAACUGGAAACCUGGUCAGUAUUAACUCCACCUGUGAUCGUCGUGCUCCACCUACUUCGUGUGUUUAUUUUUUGUCACUUGGACUGUCUUCAGUCUUCUUUCCCUUUUCUGUGUGUCCCAUCCCACCUCCCUUAGUUACUUCCCACCUGUUGCUGGAGCAAUAUUGGUCUUUUCUGGCA